AUGGGAAAAGAUUAUUAUGAGAUAUUAGGAGUUGAUAGAAAUGUUAAUGAAAAUGAUUUGAAAAAAGCUUAUCGUAAGCUUGCAUUAAAAUGGCAUCCAGAUAGAAAUCCAAAUAAUAAAGAAGAAGCAAGUGAAAAAUUUAAAGAGAUUGCAGAAGCUUAUUCAGUAUUAUCUGAUCCUAAAAAGAAAGAAAUUUAUGAUCGUUAUGGUGAAGAUGGUUUAAAGAGUGGAAUGGGAGCUAAAGGAUUUGCUGGAGAAGGAGGAUUUCCAGGAGGAACAUAUACAUUUACUAGUAAUGGUGAUUUUAAUCCAUUUGAUUUAUUCAAUGAAAUGUUUGGUGGAAUGGGUGGAGUUCCAAAAGGAGGAAGAGGUAAAAGAAGUUUCAAUAUGGGAGGAAUGCCAAGAGACUUUGGAGGAUUUAGUGGAUUUGGAAUGCCACAAGGAGGAAGAUAUACAUUUAAUACAGGGGAUGAUUCAUCUAUGGAUGAAGGUUUUGGUAAACAGAAAGGUGAAGAUGUAAUUUCAAAUGUCAAUUGUACUUUAGAAGAAUUAUAUUCUGGAUGUAAGAAAACUCGUAGAAUUACAAAAAAUAUUACUCAUUCAAAUGGUUCAACAACUCAAGAAUCAAAUAAUGUUGAAUUGAAUAUUUUACCAGGAUGGAAAGAUGGAACAAAAAUCAGAUUUGAAGGAUAUGGAGAUGAAUCACCAAAUGUUGAAGCUGGAGAUAUUGUUUUUGUAGUUAAAACAAUACCACAUCCAUUAUUUACAAGAGAUGGAGAUAAUUUACAUUGUACAAUAACAAUUAAUUUACUUCAGUCUUUAACUGGAUUUAAAUUAACUAUACCAUUCUUAGAUGGUUCAGAAGUAAGUAAGAAAAUAGAAAAUAUUAUUACUUCUGAUUAUGUUGAAGUAAUUAAAGGAAAAGGUAUGCCAAUAAGAAAAUCACCUGGAAAUUAUGGAGAUUUAUAUAUUCAUUUCAAGAUUCAAAAUCCUACAUAUUUAUCACAACAACAAAAAGAUGAUUUGAAGAAAGUUUUGAAAACAGUACAUAACUGGGCUUAA